ACAAGGGCUGGGGACCUGCCUAGGGUCACAUAUUAGCUGAGGUGUAUGUGUAUUGGGGUGUAAGUAACCAGACUUCCCAAUGCUUGGACAUCCUGGACUCAGAGCUGGGGUGAGGGAGGCACUGCCCACCUCCUCCUGAUCCUCCCCAGGCAGCCAGAUGGGCCUGUCUGUGGCCCUUGUGGGGGUGGGGGAGGGGAGGCUCCAUGAAGGUCUGAUUAGAACCAUGUGGCUCAUCUUUACAGUAGAGGGGAGCAGCCCCACUCCUGGGCCAGCUGGCCCACCUCCCAGCCACUUGUAUGUGUAACUUACUCUCCCCAUGUCUUCUCCACCCUCCAUUCCCACCCUAGGAGCUCACUUGCCCCAUCUGUCCCACCCUCCUGUCCCUGGACUCAGUCUCGCCAGCACACAAUGCUUCUCUGUCUCCUCCCCUCCCCCACUGUGUGUCUGAGGGGUGCUGGGGUGGCAGUGAGCCAGGGCAAGGUUGCCUCAAACUGGUCAGGGGCCCUCAGUCCAUGCCCUGCCCCCACCUCAGCAUGUCUUUCCUACCCUGCCAGUCCCCCUACUCCAGCAGGACUGAUGGGGAAUGUCCUGGAGCCAGCCCUGGAGCCCUGCUGCCCUGAUCAUGCCAUGAAGCCAGAAGCCCGAGUUCCCCAGCAGGCCUCCUUCUCUGUGGUGGUUGCCAUUGACUUUGGCACCACAUCCAGCGGCUAUGCCUUCAGCUUUGCCAGUGACCCAGAGUCCAUCCACAUGAUGAGGAAAUGGGAGGGUGGGGAUCCUGGCGUGGCCCACCAGAAGACCCCUACCUGCCUGCUGCUGACCCCGGAGGGUACCUUUCACAGUUUUGGCUACACUGCUCGUGAUUACUACCAUGACCUGGACCCCGAGGAGGCCCGGGACUGGCUCUACUUUGAGAAGUUCAAGAUGAAGAUCCAUAGUGCCACUGAUCUCACCUUGAAGACCCAGCUAGAGGCGGUAAAUGGAAAGAAGAUGCCAGCUCUGGAAGUGUUCGCCCAUGCCCUACGCUUCUUCAAGGAGCAUGCCCUACAGGAGCUGAGGGAGCAGUGCCCGUCACUGCCAGAAAAGGAUACUGUGCGCUGGGUGUUGACAGUGCCUGCCAUCUGGAAACAGCCAGCCAAGCAGUUCAUGCGGGAGGCCACCUACCUGGCUGGCCUGGUGUCUCGAGAGAAUGCAGAACAGCUACUCAUCGCUCUGGAGCCUGAGGCCGCCUCUGUCUACUGCCGGAAGCUGCGGCUGCACCAGCUCAUGGACCUGAGUAGCAGAGCCCCAAGUGGUGGGCGACUGGGCGAGCGCCGCUCCAUCGACUCCAGCUUCCGGCAGGCCCGUGAGCAGCUGCGAAGGUCCCGCCACAGCCGCACAUUCCUGGUGGAGUCGGGCGUGGGAGAGCUGUGGGCAGAGAUGCAAGCAGGGGAUCGCUACAUGGUGGCAGACUGUGGGGGAGGCACUGUGGACCUGACAGUGCACCAGCUGGAACAGCCCCAUGGCACCCUGAAGGAGCUCUACAAGGCAUCCGGAGGCCCCUAUGGCGCGGUGGGCGUGGACUUGGCCUUUGAGCAGUUACUCUGCCGCAUCUUCGGAGAGGACUUCAUCGCCACUUUCAAAAAGCAAAGGCCAGCAGCUUGGGUGGAUCUGACCAUCGCCUUCGAGGCCCGCAAACGCACAGCGGGCCCGCACCGAGCGGGGCCGCUCAAUAUCUCGCUGCCUUUCUCCUUCAUUGACUUCUACCGAAAGCAGCGAGGCCACAACGUGGAGACGGCCUUGCGCAGGAGCAGUGUGAACUUCGUGAAGUGGUCCUCGCAAGGGAUGCUUCGGAUGUCUUGUGAGGCCAUGAACGAGCUCUUUCAGCCCACGGUCAGUGGGAUCAUCCAGCACAUAGAGGCGCUGCUGGCGCGGCCCGAAGUGCAGGGUGUGAAGCUGCUGUUCCUGGUGGGCGGCUUCGCAGAGUCGCCAGUGCUACAGCAUGCAGUGCAGGUGGCGCUGGGCGCCCGCGGUCUGCGCGUUGUGGUCCCGCACGACGUCAGCCUCACCAUCCUCAAGGGCGCCGUGCUCUUUGGCCAGGCGCCCGGCGUGGUGCGCGUGCGCCGCUCGCCGCUCACCUAUGGCGUGGGUGUCCUCAACCGCUUCGUGGAGGGACGUCACCCACCCGACAAGCUGCUCGUGCGCGACGGCCGCCGCUGGUGCACCGACGUCUUCGAGCGCUUCGUGGCCGCCGAGCAGUCAGUGGCCCUAGGCGAAGAGGUGCGGCGAAGCUACUGCCCGGCGCGCCCCGGCCAGCGGCGCGUGCUCAUCAACUUGUACUGCUGCGCCGCUGAAGACGCGCUCUUCAUCACCGACCCCGGCGUGCGCAAGUGCGGCGCGCUCAGCCUGGAGCUCGAAGCUGCUGAGGGCGGCCCGGACAGCGCCGGCACGGCCCCCGGGCGCCGCGAGAUCCGUGCGGCCAUGCAGUUUGGCGACACUGAGAUUAAGGUCACCGCCGUAGACGUCAGCACCAAUCGCUCUGUGCGCGCCGCUAUUGACUUUCUUUCCAACUGAGAGGGCCAGAGCAGUGGCAGCCCCCUUAGGCCCGGCCCCGCCCUCUUUCGGAGGCUUGGGAAGCAGGAUGAGGACAGAGGACGUGCUAUUUCCACGUCAGCGCCCUUUUUGAGCCCUCCAGCCACGGGAGGGUGGGUGGGGACUCAUGGAGAAUUGGUUUGGGACUGGGCUUUGGUCCACUGACUGGAAGGGCCUCCACCAAGAACCAAUGGGUAAGGGAGACUUCCAAGAAGUUUGCAAGAGGGCAUCCUCAGCCUGGUGGAGGGCGUGUGACAUCAAAGGCAGAGUGCAGCCUUUGAACUGAGGGUUAUAAGGCGAGACCAAGUGAGGCAAGCUUCAGGAUAGAGGUUGUGUGGGCCCUGAAUCUGAAGGGCAGAGCUCAGAUUAAUGGGCUCCUGUCUUAGGGAUGCCAGGCAGCGCAUUUGCAUGUUGCAGGGAAAUGGCAAGUGGACACUAGAGGGACAAGGGUAGUAGUACCUUCCUGGAUGUGGUGCUGGCAACCCAAGGAUGACUGUUAACUGCAGAAAGUGCAGUGCUUGACUAAUGGGAAGGGUAUGCUAUCUUGGUGAAGGCAGUUUUGAAGGGAUUUGGGGGUAGCAUGGUGGGGGGCCCCCAAGGGCAGCCUAUGAGGGCACCACUUGCAUCUCACCCCGGCCAUUCAAGGGCAACUGGAGGAGAACAGGUAGGGCAGAGGGAGCACUGGGGAAUGUUCACAGCCCUUAGGACAUUCCUUAACCACCUGUAGGCCUGUUUCCCCAAAUGUGAAAUGUCAGACACUUUCCUCCAAAGUGUCAGCCCCACAUGCCUGAGAACCCAUCCUAAGGUGACAAUAAAAUGUUUAUGGCUCAAGGGGAA